AUGAGGAGCCAUCACCUUGUUGAAACACCAACCAGCCUCGUUUGCUCAACCCUGAGAACCCGACAACCAUGGACAACAGUCGCGACAAUGCUUCUGCAGUCAGACAGUAGAAAAUGGCGUGAAUCUACCCUCCAGUCCCAUGACAUCUCUCUAGUCGUUGAGCAAGAGCAUGCGGAAGUCUUUCAGGUCUACAAGUUUAUCUUGAUCUCACCAGAUGAUGUCGAAACAGGGGAGCCUACAGCAAUGGCUCGAAUUACCCAGCUCGGGCGAGAUCUCGGCGAUGCCAAAGCAGGUGUCAUUUUCCUGCUUGACCAGGAGAAUGAAAAGGAGCACGGAGAUGCUAUAAAAGCGUUCAUGUCACUUCAGAUCAAAUUGAUGGAUGUCCACCCAAGUGUCCCCAUUCUCCCUUUGACUAGUUUUGACGCGUUACCAUCAACCCUCAAAACUUUCCAGCGUGGAUAUUCGGAGGGCCUUGAUGACGGAAUUCAGCAGCAAGUGGAUAUUGAUGUUUCUAGGGAUUUGUUAGGCUGUUGUUCGGCAGGAGAAAGGCAGCUCUCUAGGCAGGCGGUCGAUACGAUGUCUCAGAAUGGAGAAUUCUUCAGCUUUCGAGAGCUGUUGGUUGAUGGCCAAUUGGCGGAACGCGAGGGUCAAGACAGAAUGCACGAUGUGUUGGGACCAGAGGAUGGGAAGAGAUUUGUGAGGUUCUGGUUGAGGUAGGUAGGUAUGCCAUCCUCUCUCUGAGUAGGGAACCCCCAGAAGGUAGGUCGAUCAGUGGUAAAAUCUCGCCUAGGAAGGACAAGCUGGGAGAAAUCAGUCUUCACAACCAGUACACCACAUCAGGUUAUCGUUAGGCGCCAAACCAGCAC